UAUCAAAAUUCACGUUUCUUCUGUCGUUCGAUUGAAUCAAAAUGCAGGAUGGGAAAGAGAAAGUAUUUGAAAUUAGAAAUUUGGCACCUAAGUCCAUAGUCUGAAACAAAAGGUUUGCACAUACGACGUCUGCCGUUUUGUAUCGCACAGGAAGGUUACUUUUUCAAGAUGAUUAGAAUAAGGCCCUUGGUAAAAUACUGUAUAAUUGGGGGUGCGGUAGCCAGUACAGCAUUAAGUUUGAAAUGCAACCAAUACGAAUGGGAUUCUAUUGGAAUUGUCAGGUUUAGUAGGGCUGUUGUCACAGUGUUUAACAUAGGGGUUAUAUAUAAAAGAGACUUAUAUGGUAGAGGUCUAAAUAAACAGUCCAAAGAGUACAAAGAUCUCAAGUCAGUGUGUCAUAAACGCUGUGCCAAUAAAUUACUUGAUUUGUGUUGCACAAAUAGGGGUGUAUAUAUAAAAGUGGGCCAACAUAUUGCUGCACUUGACUAUUUGCUGCCUUCAGAGUAUGUGCAGACAAUGAAAGUGUUGCAUAGUGAGGCACCAGCAACAGAUGUGGAGGAUAUUAUCCAAGUAUUGAAGGAAGAUUUGAAACAGGAUCCUUAUGCAAUUUUUGAUAGUAUCAGUGCUGAACCUUUGGGAACUGCUUCACUUGCACAGGUGCACAAAGCAGUUCAUAAAGAUGGUUCCAUGUGGGCAAUAAAGGUGCAGCAUCCUUAUGUUCAGGGAAACUCCAGAAUUGAUAUGAAAACCAUGGAAUAUUUGGUUAAACUGAUGAGUUGGGUGUUUCCAGAAUUUAAAUUUCAGUGGUUGGUUGAUGAAUCCAAGAAAAAUAUUCCCCAAGAAUUAAAUUUUGUAUUGGAGGGACAAAACGCUGAGAAAAUAGCAAAGUUGUUCGAAAAAAUAGGUUGGCUAAAGAUUCCUAAAAUAAGAUGGGAUUUGACAACUCCAAGAGUGCUAACAAUGGAAUUUGUGGAAGGGGGCCAAGUUAAUGAUUUAAAAUAUAUUCAGAGCAAUGACAUUGAUGCAUGUGAGGUCUCAGACAAACUUGGUAAAUUGUAUGCAGAAAUGAUUUUUAUCCAUGGUUUUGUCCACAGUGAUCCACACCCAGGGAAUAUUUUGGUUCAAAAGAAUCAAUCAGGUGGUUGCAAUAUAGUACUUCUAGAUCAUGGUCUCUAUGCAAAUCUCAGUGAUGAAUUUCGAAUAAAUUACGCAAAUUUAUGGCUUAGCAUAUUAGACAGAGACAGAAAGUCUAUGAGAUUAUAUAGUAAAAAGUUAGGUAUUGAAGGAGAUGCUUAUGGUUUGUUUGCCUGUAUGGUUACGGGUCGUACAUGGGAUACCAUUUUGAAGGGCAUUGAUAGGCAUACUAUUUCCAAAAAUGAAAAAGAUUUCAUGAGGCAGAACUUCACUGGCAUAUUGCCCCAAAUCUCUUCAGUUUUGGAGAAUGUAAAUCGGCAGAUGCUGCUUAUAUUAAAAACUAAUGAUCUUAUGCGAGGAAUAGAACACACUCUUCGAACUGGCGCUAGAAUGGGAGCUUUCAGGGUGAUGUCGCAGUGUUGUGUCCAUUCUGUAUAUAAUCAAAAAUAUCAGAAAUGCAAAAACAGCAUUGAUAGGAUUAAAAUCACCUUAGCAGAAUUUUGGGCUCUGCUUAAAAUUAAAAUAUACUAUACCUUUCUAAAUCUAAGACACAUAUCAGGAAUUUGAUAUUAUCUGUGCACUUGUCCAGUACCAAAUAAGUCUAAUGAUGCAGUUGUAAACAAGAAAUUCCUAGUUAGUAAGUUUUAAAAAUGUUUAUUCCUUAUUUGA